UCUCCGCCCUUCCUUCCUUAUCACUCACAAACUUUUACUAUCUCUCUCUCACACCGUUUCUCCAUGAAAGCUUACAGCUUCAGCUUUUCUUCGAACCACUAAACUCUCUUAUAACUCUUUGUUAUUAUUAUUACUUAUUAUUAUCCUCCUUUUUAAAAAAAACAAUUUCAUAUUUCUCUACUGGAAGCUUAAGCUAUACUAGCUCCUACUCUUCCUCUCACUCGCUAUUUAUUUGGUUUUCAUUCAAUAAAACAAAAGAAAAAAAGCUCGAGAAAUGGCUCCCAAGAACAGCCGUGGAAAGACAAAAGGAGACAAGAAGAAGAAGGAAGAGAAAAUUCUUCCGGUUAUCGUGGAUGUCAUUGUAAACCUUCCGGAUGAAACGGAGGCUAUUUUGAAGGGGAUAUCUACGGACAGGAUCAUCGAUGUUCGGCGGCUAUUAUCGGUUAACUUCGAGACUUGCCACAUCACCAAUUAUUCUCUCUCCCAUGAGGUGAGAGGAUCGCGGUUAAAAAACACAGUGGAUGUUUCGGCGCUUAAACCGUGCAUUCUCACGUUAACGGAAGAGGAUUACAACGAGGGAACACAAGUGGCGCAUGUUAGACGACUGCUUGACAUCGUGGCAUGCACGACUUGCUUCGGUCCGUCGCCGGAGAAAUCUGAAUCGAUGAAAAGUGCGCAGGUUAAGGGAGGUGGAAAGAAUACCAAACAGACGGCGGAAACGUCGCCGAAGGAUCAUGCGGUGGUUGAUGAAGCCGGAGAGACUAGCCAUUCUUUCCCUAAGCUUGGAAGUUUCUACGAGUUUUUCUCUCUCGCUCACCUCACUCCUCCUCUUCAACAUAUACGACUUGUGACGAAGCGGGAAACCGAAGAUAUCGCGACGGAGGAUCAUCUACUCUCCAUCGAUGUGAAGCUUUGUAACGGGAAGCUCAUUCAAAUUGAAGGUUGCAGAAAAGGGUUUUACAGCGUUGGGAAACAAAGAAUCAUAUGUCACAAUCUUGUUGAUUUGCUUAGACAAAUUAGUAGAGCCUUCGAUAAUGCUUACAGUGAUCUCCUGAAAGCAUUUUCGGAGCGCAACAAGUUUGGGAAUCUUCCAUAUGGGUUUAGAGCUAACACAUGGCUCAUCCCGCCAACUGCGGCGCAGUCACCAGCAGCAUUUCCGCCUCUCCCUGUCGAGGACGAGAGAUGGGGAGGUGAUGGUGGUGGUCAAGGAAGAGAUGGCAGCUACGAUUUGGUUCCAUGGGCCGACGAGUUUGCCUUCAUCGCAUCUAUGCCUUGCAAAACAGCAGAGGACAGACAAGUCAGAGACAGGAAAGUGUUCCUUCUUCACAACCUCUUCGUCGAUGUCGCCACUUUCAGAGCCAUCAAGGCUGUUCAGAAAGUAAUGUCUGAAGAUCAAAAAGACUCUUCUGACCUUCUAUACUCCGAGACAGUCGGUGACUUGAGUGUUACGGUUACGAGGGAUACUUGUAAUGCAAGUAGUAAAGUGGAUACAAAAAUCGAUGGGAUUCAAGCCACUGGUUUGGAUAAAAUGAAGCUGAUGGAACGGAACCUUCUCAAGGGACUUACUGCUGAUGAAAAUACUGCUGCUCAUGAUGUUGAUACUCUAGGAACUAUUAGCCUUAAGUAUUGUGGUUACAUUUCUGUUGUGAAAAUAGAGAAGGAGAGUGAGAAGUUAAACCCACCUUCUCAGAUUGUUGACCUCCUUGAACAGCCUGAAGGCGGUGCUAAUGCUCUAAAUAUCAACAGUUUGAGAUUGCUUCUCCAUAAAUCGUCUCCUGAGCAGAACAAGAGAACACAUCAGCAACAGGAUGAUGAGCUUACAUCUUCACGAGAAUUUGUAAGCAAAAUGCUGGAGGAAAGCCUUGUUAAGCUUGAGGAAGAAAAGAUAGACAGGGACAGUAUCAUGAGGUGGGAGCUUGGAGCUUGUUGGAUACAGCAUUUACAAGACCAAAAGAAUACGGAAAAGGACAAGAAACAAACCAACGAAAAGACUAAGAAUGAGUUGAAGGUUGAAGGUCUUGGGAAACCGCUCAAGUCCCUCAAUAGCAGCAAGAAGAAAACAGAUGUAAGCAGCCCUAAGGCGAUGCAAACUGCAGUAUCGUCUCAGGUUGAUGCGGUUUCUUUAGAGGCUGAUAAUGCUGCAACAACUACAUCUUUGCAAUCUGACACCGAGAAGAAUUCUGAAGAAAAUGUGCUUGUCUUAAAGAACCUGCUGUCUGAUGCAGCCUUCACUCGCCUAAAAGAGUCAGAUACUGGACUUCAUCACAAGUCUUUGCAAGAACUUGUCGACUUGGCACAGAAGUACUAUACUGAAGUCGCUAUUCCGAAACUGGUUGCAGAUUUUGGUUCGUUGGAGCUCUCCCCAGUCGAUGGCCGGACUCUAACUGAUUUUAUGCACACAAGAGGUCUUCGGAUGCGCUCUCUAGGAUAUGUUGUGAAGCUCUCAGAUAAGUUGUCACAUGUACAAUCUUUGUGUGUUCAUGAGAUGAUAGUUAGAGCCCUUAAGCAUAUCCUACAGGCGGUGAUUUCUGCUGUUGCUGCUGACACUGACAAAAUAGCUGCUAAAGUAGCUGCUGCUCUGAACAUGAUGCUUGGGAUUCCUAAUAACACUGUAGCAGCAACACCCCAAAACUCUUGGAAUGUACAUCCUCUUAUCUUCCAGUGGUUGGAGAAGUUCUUGAAGAAGCGAUAUGACUAUGAUCUUAAUGCCUUCAGUUACAAGGAUCUACGAAAGUUUGCCAUUCUCCGUGGAUUAUGCCAUAAGGUUGGUAUUGAGUUGAUUCCUAGGGACUUUGACAUGGAUUCUCCAGAACCGUUCCGGAAAACAGAUGUGGUCAGUCUGGUCCCAGUGCAUAAGAUAUUCUAUUCUAAAUUUCUGCAGCAAGCAGCAUGUUCAUCUGCUGAUGGAAGACAACUUCUGGAGUCAUCUAAAACAGCUUUAGACAAAGGAAAGCUUGAAGAUGCAGUUACAUAUGGAACAAAGGCACUUGCUAAACUUGUAGCAGUUUGCGGUCCUUAUCACAGAAUGACGGCCGGAGCUUACAGUUUACUUGCUGUGGUUCUGUAUCACACCGGUGACUUUAACCAGGCUACAAUAUAUCAGCAAAAGGCUUUAGAUAUCAACGAGAGGGAACUUGGACUUGAUCAUCCGGAUACAAUGAAGAGUUAUGGUGAUCUUGCUGUCUUCUAUUAUAGGCUUCAGCAUACAGAGCUGGCUCUCAAAUAUGUGAAGCGUGCGUUGUAUCUCUUACAUCUGACGUGCGGUCCAUCUCAUCCAAACACUGCUGCCACAUACAUUAAUGUAGCCAUGAUGGAGGAAGGUCUAGGAAAUGUACAUGUUGCCUUGAGGUAUCUUCACAAAGCUCUCAAGUGUAAUCAAAGGUUGCUUGGUCCUGACCAUAUCCAGACUGCUGCAAGCUACCAUGCCAUAGCAAUUGCGCUCUCUUUGAUGGAAGCAUACCAUCUAAGUGUUCAGCAUGAGCAAACAACCUUAAGAAUCCUCCGAGCAAAGCUGGGGCCAGAUGAUUUGCGUACUCAGGAUGCUGCUGCUUGGUUAGAAUACUUCGAGUCCAAGGCUUUCGAACAACAGGAAGCUGCACGAAAUGGUACUCCUAAGCCUGAUGCGUCUAUAGCCAGCAAAGGCCACCUAAGUGUAUCCGAUCUACUCGACUAUAUCAACCCAAGCCAAAACGCAAAAGGGAAACAGAGUGUGGCCGCAAAGAGGAAGAGCUAUAUCAUGAAGCUGAAGGAAAAAUCCAAUCAGAACAAUGUCUCUGAACACUUGGCAGAAACUCCGAGAGAAAACCAAAAGGAAAUGUCAGAAGAAGAGACAGAAGGAACUGGAUCAGAAGAAGGUCAAUCAAGCGAUGCGAAUCAGGAGACUGUUGUUGCAACAGCUGAAGAGCCAGCUUCUCCUCCAGUCAUUGAGGAGGCCAUCAUGGUGGAUAACAGUACAUCUACUGAAGUUUCAAAUGAGACACAAGAGCCGGAUGGUAGUGAAGAUGGAUGGCAACCGGUGCAAAGACCGAGAUCUGCUGGAUCAUAUGGUCGCAGGCUGAAGCAACGACGAGCAUCCAUUGGGAAGGUAUACACAUAUCAGAAGAAGAAUGUUGAAGCUGAUAUCGACAACCCUCUUUUCCAGAAUGCUGCUACUCAGCAGAACACCAAAUACUACAUUCUGAAGAAGCGAACAGCCUCAUAUGCAAACUAUGCAGAUCAUCAUUCUCCAACUCAAGGCACCAAAUUUGGCAGGAAGAUAGUCAAAACCUUGGCGUAUCGUGUUAAGUCGAUGCAGCCGUCUUCUGAUAACACCAAGGCUGAAGCUGAAACAUCAGAAGAAGAUGGUUUGAAGACAGAUGCUUCUUCUGCUGUGCUGUCUAGUAACGUGCAAAAUGAGGUCUACCACGCGAAAAACUCUGUUGUAAGUCUUGGAAAAUCUCCAUCCUACAAGGAAGUAGCCUUGGCACCACCUGGUUCCAUCGCCAAAUAUCAAGUCUGGGCUCCACAAGCCGAAAAGCAAGAGGAGAAGGACGUGGAGAAGAAAUCUGAACAGGGUACAUCGACAAGGGAUGAGCAGAUGAUUACAGUAGUGUCAGAGGAGGAAGAAGUAAAAAAUGAAAUUUCUGCAGACACAGAUUCUAGCAAAACUCAAGGCCAAGAAGAGAUCAAAGUAUCUGAUGUAGAAUUGAAAGGGAACAAUUUGAAUGAGUAUGAAGAACCUGUUCAGGUGGAAGAACAAGUGCUUGAAGCUGAAUUGACAAACGACGAUAUGAUUCAUUCCACCACAGAGCAACAAGUGACAGAUCAGUUGGUUGCUGAUUCCGAUGAUCUCAAGGAGAAACUGGGAAUAUCUGCCACAGAAGAUUCAACGCGAGGAUUAUUAUUACCUAACAAGAAGCUAUCAGCUUCAGCUGCUCCAUUCAACCCAUCAUCACCACCGAGUAUAAUACGUCCUACUCCAAUAGGCAUGAACAUUGGACCGUCCUGGCCAGUGAACAUGACUCUGCAUCACGGACCUCCUCCUCCUCCUUACCCUUCACCUCCUACAACUCCAAACUUGAUGCAACCAAUGUCCUUUGUGUACCCUCCUCCUUACACUCAAUCAGUGCCCACAAGUACUUAUCCUGUAACCAGUGGUCCUUUUCAUCACAACCAGUUCCCAUGGCAACUCAAUGUGUCGGAUUUUGUGCCAAGAACGGUUUGGCCCGGAUGCCAUCCUGCUGAGUUUUCUCCUCCACACAUGAUCGCUGCCGAGCCAAUCGCUGCAACUGUGCUAGAGCCAACCGUGAUUCUGCCAACUGAUAUUGACACUUCAGGUGUAGAGGAAGAAAAAGAACAAGGCAAGCAAGAUGUGGCAACUUCGGAUGAAGUUGUAAAUCAUGUGAAUAAUGCAGUGGCUAGCACUGAAAUGGAGAAUGGAAACAGGAAAUUUGAGGGUGGCGAGAAAACUUUUAGCAUUUUGUUAAGAGGAAGGAGAAACAGGAAACAAACACUGAGAAUGCCCAUCAGUUUGCUUAACCGGCCUUAUGAUUCUCAACCGUUCAAGAUUGGUUAUAGCAGAGUGAUCAGAGACAGCGAGGCUCCAAAGUCCGUUGCUUAAAACUCUCCUAAAGAUUCAGCCAUCAUCGAUCGAUAAAAAUGCAAAACUCACACAGAUCUCUCUCUCUCUCUCUGAUCCUAAUUGCUGUUUCUUAGGAACAGUACAAAGGUAGUUUCGUUAUCAGUCAUCGGAAGCUGGGGCUUGUGAUAGUCUCAAAAUGUUUUGGAUUCUUACAGUUACAGAAGAGAGGUUGCACAAGGGGAUAAAGCAUAGCCAUUCUUUCUUUUUUUUACCAUGUGAGGUGAUGAUGUAUCAUUUUUCUCGGUUUUUAUUUUAAUUCAGCCAAUAAAAAAGUAGGAAAUUUUGGACAUAAUUAUUUUAGUUCACCUUAUGGCCAUGUUUUAAAAACUUUUGUUAUUUCUCCCAUUUUGUUUUCUCUUAUCUAUUUACGUAUUUGUCAUCACU